GUAUAGAAUUCAAAAAUAAAAAAUUAUCCGUACAUAUUGAUAAUGUUACAGAAAGGGAUAGACAAGCAUUAUUUGACAGAAGAAAAAAUAAAAAGGAACAAAAGAUUGAACAAUCCGGUGUGCAAAAAUCACCGGAAGAAAUGCUAGCAGAUCAAGUAACACCUUUACAUACUUAUGAAUAUCAAGCUCAACUCGAACUUAAACAAAAUGGAAUUAUAAAAUCCCUUAGGACAUUCUGUGAUAAAAUGAAAGAAUCAUAUAAUGAUAAUAAAAGUAAUUAUAAUUCUUCAUGGUUAAAAGAGGAGUGCGAUUUCAAUCUUCCUUUUGAUCUUAAACCAAUGAUCCAUUCGCCAAUUCUAGAAGGGUAUCGAAAUAAAUGUGAAUUCACUGUAGGAUUAAAUUUAAAAGGCGAGAAAACGGUUGGAUUUUUGUUAGGGGCUUAUAAAGAUGGACUUAAUACUGUCCUUGGACCACAUGAUUCAAUCCAUGUCAGUGACGUCGCAAAAAAGAUUGUGGAAGCCAUGCAGAGUUAUAUAGAACAAUCUUCAUAUGAUGUAUAUGAUCGCAGGACGAAACAAGGAAAUUGGCGUCUGUUAACUGUUAGAUCGCAGAAAUGUGGUGAUAUAAUGAUUAUAGUACAAAUGCAUCCUCAAGGUUUAA